AUGACUGUGAUUGUUGCUGCCCUGUUGCCCCACCAGAUGAGAGAAGCACUCUUUGCCUUCUUUACGGUCCUUCAGCUCUGCGUUGCUCUCCCUUCUGAGCUCCCCCAUACAAGGUCGGAGCUGGAUGGAAUCAAAAAAGCAGAGCAACAACUCUUCUUGAACCCACUGCUGGAAGAUGUGGUUCCACCUUUAUCCAGUACAGGUGCUGUGCUCCAACCAGAGACACGUCCAAAGCUACAGAUGUCCCAAGGAGACAAAUCUAUUCCAAUUUUUGGUGACAAUGUCAGCCUCAAAUGGUUAAGGUGGAAUGGGUCCCUCCCUAAUGGCGCAGUGGCUAUCUAUAACGGCUAUGUCUCACGCACUGAUUACAUUUGCAAAUACAAUUGUGAGGCUGGAUUCUACACACCGAGUAAAGGCCCCUAUUGCCUCUACCCCUAUGCCAAUAGGGAAUAUUAUGCUGCAGAAUUUGACAUCCUUGUCAAUGAGGACAACUUUGAAUUUUUGGAGUGGAAAGAGGACUCGUACGGGUCUGUACCCCCACAUUCUGUCAGGACAUGCUCCGGGGUCAACAUCUUUGUUGGGAAGAACAAGUAUGGACUGGGGAAAGUUGUUACUCAACAUGAAGCCUUUUUCCUGCCAUGGGAAGGUGAUGAGUACUGGUACAAGAAGUAUCAAGUCCUGACCAUAAACACAGAUGGAUACAGUCAGCACAUUUCCCACGUGGAGUAUGAUAUUGAUAAAAUUAAUCUCUUCCAUCAUCCACCUGAGACGUUGCAACUAGCUAGGGUCAGCAACCUCGACUGCCAGAGCAUUGAAAAAACUGUGACUCUGGAGAAAUCUAGCACAGAGGAGAAGACCUGGAACAUUGGCCGAGAAACCCAAAAUGGGUCAACCUCCACCAUAAAUGCCAAGAUCCCAAUCCUUAAUCCAGACAAUGUGGACUUCUCCAAGGAACAGACAGUAAGCUUUUCCACAGGUACCACCAUUGUGGAGACCAUCAGCCACUCCAUCUCUGUGCAGAUUACAGUGCCACCAAACCACUCCUGCGCAGUACGCAUGGAGGGCAAAAAACUGACAGCUGACAUCCCUUUCACAGCACGUCUGAGCCGCACAUAUCGCAAUGGGAACACUCACUGGACCAUAAUCACAGGCACCUACAAUGGUGUGACAAUUGGGGAGCUAAAUGCUUUGGUAGAACGCUGUCAGCCUAUUCCUAAUGCUGUAGACUGCAUCUUGAGGCAGAACAACUGA